GGGUCGAACCCAGUCGAACCCGGGCGGACCCAGGCGAACCCCGGCGGCUGGGCGGCCCAUAAAGCUAAAAAACAAACCAAAUUUUAAUUUUUUUUCAGUUCCGCCUUUUAAAAAGUGAAAAUCAUAACCUAAAAAACACUUCUAAAACACUUUAUUGACACAUUUCACCUCAUUUGUGUUGCAAACAAAUUUUUUAUGAGAGCAGGUUGAAGAAAGUUUGAAGAAAAUUUGGCUUCCAAGAUCAAAGAGGAGGAGUUGAAGACUGAUUUUAGAAGCUUCAACAAGUGUUGCAGCAUCAUUUCCAUACAUUUUCAAGCUUCCAUUGGCUGCAAGAGGAACUAGAAUGGCAUCUACAUCUUCCUCCAUUGGCAAUGAACAAAUAAUUGCAAAACAAAGAAAUGAUCCAAAUUCUCCCUUAUGGAAAUAUGUGGACAUUAUAAAACAACUUCCGGGAGGUGGGGGAUUCCGUUGGAAAUGCCAUGGAUGUGAUAUUGAAUGUAAUAGUUCAUAUUAUCGGGUGGUAGGCCAUUUGUGUGGAAUAAAAGGAAGAGGCAUCAAAAAAUGCCCUGGAAAAAAUGGUAAACCUAUACCAGAUGAGAUAGUGAUGAAAUAUAUUAGGGAGCAUGAGGCGGCAGAAGAAAGGGAAGCCCGUAGAUUGAACCAAACCGCAUCAAAGAAAACAAGGGGAAUGCAAGGCCCUUCUAAUCCCAGUAUUGUAGUAGAAGACCACCCCUUCUUUGCCACAAAUGAACCUCAAAGUGAACCACCCUUGACACGUAAAAGAACAAAGGGGCCUUUAGAAACCGCAUUCCAAAAUGAGAGUAGAGACAAUGCUGAUCAAGAUAUAGUAAGGUGCAUUUAUGCAAAUGGGUUGUCAUUCAAUGUUGUUCGCUCCCCAUAUUGGAAGCAAAUGAUAAAAAGUGUUAAUGAGGCACCAAGAGGGUAUAAGGGCCCCAGUUAUGAGAAGGUACGUGGAACAUUAUUGGAGAAAGAGGUGAAGAGGGUUGAAGAUGUAUUGAAACCCAUAAGGGAUUCAUGGGUUGAGACAGGUGUAACAAUUGUUUCAGAUGGGUGGAAAGAUGCUAAAAACCGUCCCUUGAUCAAUGUCAUAGCGGUGUCCCCUAAAGGGGCAAUGUUUUUGAGAGCUGUGGAUUGUGAGGGCCAAAUAAAAGAUGGCCAAUUUAUUGCAGAAAUUCUCAUCUCUGCCAUUGAGUCUGUGGGACCUCGCAAUGUUGUCCAAGUCAUAACGGACAAUGCAAAAAAUUGUAGAGCUGCUGGUUUGUUGGUUGAGCAACGCUAUGAUCACAUCUUUUGGACACCUUGUGCGGUACAUUCACUCAAUCUUAUGCUACAAAGGAUUGGGCAAAAAAUAAAAUGGAUCAGAGAUGUUUAUGCAGAGGCUGAGGACAUCCAGAUGUUCAUCACAAACCACCACAUGUCUCAAGGGAUUUUUAGAACCUAUUCAAAUUUGGAGCUAUUGAAGGUAAGUGAAAUAGUAAUUUAAUUUUACAUUUUCUGAUUUUUUUGAAUUUUCAAUGUUAAUAAUA